AUGCGGCAGCUUACGGGCCAGCCCAUUCAAUAUCUGGCGUCUCGCGACUGGGCUGGCUGCGGGAAGAGCAUCGCCUGUUUCAUCGAAGGGUUCGCCAACAGCCUCUGCUUCCUAAGAAUCUCCUCAAUAGGUAUAGAGGUCAAAAUCGUGUCGAGCUUCGGCACAUCCUUCUCUGCCACAAAAACACCAAUCUCCUCCCAAGGGAUUGCAUCAGCAAACGGGAGCACGAUGUCAUCGGCAAUGAUGACUGGGAUGCACCCGAACACUACAGCUUCCACUAGCCUCGGGCUCCAUGGGGCCCACCCGAGUGGGCAGAGGCAGAAAACGGCCCGUUGCAUGUCCUCUAUCACAAGAUUCGAGUCGAGAAAUCGAACCUUGCGUAGUAACCGCCUUCAGGGUCGUUGCCGAUAUCGUAAAACAAACCUCGGAAGUAAACAAAUAUGGAUCGAGGGGUGGUGGGAGGGAUCAAAUGGGCUUGCAUUUUCUGAGGAGGGGCAUAUGGGGGAAUUACGUGAUUUCGCUGUCCGAAAGUUUGAACCAAAGUGGCGCGUUGGAGAAGAGGAAGUAUACCUCUGCCUAUGGCUUUCUCUUCCUACGGACGAGAGAAAUACGGACCUUUCAGUUAACUUCACUCUGGAUUACAUGAAACCUCAAGCAAUCAACAACUUCAUACCCAUUAAGCACCAAUAUCUCAUCACUCCACUUUUGAGAGAAAUUGACAAGAAACUCAGAAAAAUCAAAUAUUAA